CAUACCCUUUUCUUCCCGCUUUCUUUCCCCACAUAUCCGCCAAUCUCAACUUCUGUCUCUACUCUCUACUCGCUCCCUCUCUUAGGUCACCCAGGCUGACGGCGACGAAGUUACGACGGACGGCCAGAUAUCUGAAAACCAAUCAUUCAUAUGGCAAAGAAGAAGAAGCUCCGCAGCUCGAAGGUUGAUAGAAUUAGUAAGCUUCCUGCCCAUCUGAUACAACUAAUUCUCACGCCCUUGCCCAUAAAAGAAGCGGGGAGAACAAGUGUAUUGUCAAGAGAAUGGAGGCACCAUUGGAGAAGUAUCACCCGCCUUGUGUUUGAUGAUGAGUUUUUUGAUUCACCGGAUUCCAGUGAUUCUGAUGAUGAAAUUAGUGCAAAUAAGCUCAUGUCGAACAUUCAGGAAACUCUACAGGUUCAUGAUGGGCCUAUCACAGAGUUUGUGCUUUCAAAUAUUCAAUUAGUAACUACUAUCAAGAUUAGUCCCUUGAUUUCUCACCUUUCCGGAAAAGGGGUCUCGGAUCUUUCCCUUCUGUACUGUAAAUACAGCGGCCCGUUAAUGUUUGAAGGUGAGAUCGACUCUUCCCUUUUUCAUGCUGUGCAACUGGAUAGGCUGAGUAUGGAGGGGUGUAAAUUUACGGUACCAUCUUGGUUCAUGGGAUUUACCAGGCUGACCUCCCUUCGGUUAGAAUACGUAGGUUUACCGGAUGAUUUCUUCCACAGUUUCCUUCUCAAGUGUCCGCUGCUUGAGGAUUUGAGGGUUUUCUUCUUUCAGGGUCUUUAUGAUCUUGAAGUUGUAGCUCCACCGUGCCUCAAAGUGUGUAUCCUGAGGGCGUUUUGUUUAGAUAGUAUUAUUGGCUUCAAGUAUGCUCCACUGCUUUCUGUGGUCUCACUGCAAGCACAGGAAAUUGAGUCUGAGAGUCCUGCAACAGACAUGGUCUCUGUAUUUGCUUCUCUCCCUGCACUUCAGCAGUUGUAUGUUAGCUUUGAGUGCCUAGACUUAAUUGCUGCAGAUCCUAUUCCAUACAGGCUUCCUACAGUACUUCACUGCUUAAAAGUUAUUGACAUCCGCAAGUGUGGUCAUAAGAAUGGCAGUUUGCUUAAGCAGGAGGUGCUCCUUUGCCUCAUCAAGAGUUCGCCCAACUUGUUUAAACUUACAAUUCAGAUGGAAGCUGGAGGAGAUUUGUAUUUUAGGAGGGAUUUGAAGCUGCCAGACUGUGAACCGGAUACAGAUCUUGAAGCUAAAGAUGGUUGUUGUCAGCGUCUUCAAGAAGUCGACAUUAAGCUCAGUGGGGGCUCUCAGGUUGAGCUGGACCUGUUGAGGUUCGUGUUGGCCAAUGGACCGCUGCUGAGAAGGAUUGUCAUUGAGCCCGGAAAGAAAUUGAGUUGGGAAGGAUGUCUCAAGUUCCUGGAGGAGAUUCGACACUACGAUUGUGCUUCAGAAAGAGCUGAGAUCAUAUAUGUGAACAAGUGUAAUGUGGUAGUCUUUAGGACGAGACUGGCAAAUCUUUAGAUUAUGUAAUCCAUGCGGCCUUUGGUCACUGGUAACCCAUGCUUUUGCUUAGCACUUAGCAGUUUGUGUUGACGAUUUGGAAUUUAUUCUUUUUUUUGGAAUGAAUGGUGUAAGGACAUACCCUAUCUAGUUUAUAUUCUGGUCACAAAUUUCUAUAUGGCUCUAUUAUUGUGCAUGAGAAAGAUGAAACUGUUCUGUUGGGCAAGA